CACCACGUAGCAGGAACACACCACCACACACACAACCCAAACAUUCCAGCCAAGAAAUCUCAAACCUUUUGCUCUGUACACAUCGCGGUCAUUGUCACCACCGCCAAAAUUCUACUCUUCGAUAUCUUUUGACAUUAACCCAAUUCCGCAACCGGCAAGAUGAGUGCAAUCAGGGAAGAGGCCAAUGAGCCUAUCCAGGUGCUCAUUACCAUGCAUGAAAACAUGAACCUCCUGGACUUUGCUGGCCCCCUUGAGGUCCUCACUCAUGCUCAACAUGAUCCCAACAACCCAGAAACCAAAGCUUUUGAUGUCACAUUUGCCGGUCCUUCUGAGCACGUCCUCACCGCUCAAGGCGUGACCUUGACCGCACACAUCUCCUACAAAGAAGCCCACAAACGCUUGAAGGAAUUCGACCUCGUCGUCGUCCCGGGCGGAAAGGCGAUGGACAUCUUGAAAGAGCAGGCGGAACCUACAAAGCUGGUCAAGGCGUACUCUGAGGUCCAGGCCGCGGACCCGGCGAAAGAGAGGACCCUCCUCGCAGUCGACACUGCCGCGCUCUUCCUUGCACAGCAAGGUUUGCUCGAAGGUCUCGGAGCCACCAUCCAUCCAGACUACUACAUCAAGUUGGAGAAGGAGUGUCAGGACGCUGCAGCCCGAGACAUGGGCGAGCGUACCGACGUCAUGGAGGAACGAUACGUCGUGAACAAUGCCCGGUUCGACCUUGGUGAGGAUCUCGAAGAGAAUCCGUACGUCUUCAAGAAGGGCCGAAAGGGCUCCAACGCUCGCAAGGGUAGUCUUGCCCGCCGAGAAUCCAACGCUCGAUACGAGAACCUCGUACGACGCAAGAGCAUGAAGCUCGGCGGCAUGCGUGUCCUCACCAGCGGAGGAGCCAUUAGCGGAAUCGAUGCCAGCUUGUACCUGGUUAGCGCUCUUGUGAGCCUCGAGACCGCCCAAGAGGUUGCUCGCCUCAUGCAGUACAGCUGGGUCAAGGGCGUCGUCGUUGAUGCCAUCGACGUUUAGAUAAUGUAUUACUAGACACUUGAGGUUUCAAGUGGAAAUCUAUUGGCCAUGGCAGCCCAUGGUCAGACAGUGAAUGAUAGGCUUUCGGGAAGGCAAGAGUUCAGCAGGUGGCGGAACAUGGGAAGCUAGUUGUAGAUACAAAGUAGCUGGAUUAGCACGAAAUUGUCUUGAAACCGUGGAAUA